CCCAUCACAGGUGGACAAAGCAGACAGGACCCCUCUAGGGGUCCUGAGCACCCUAGAGCCACUUCUUCGCCUGCAGAGAACAUGGGGGGUGUGGCAUGUGCCAGAGCUGGAUACCCAGGAUGCAGAAGCCCUCGUGGGGCUGUGGCCACUGGGGAGUUUCUUGGUCACGGGACGUGACCCCAGCCAGGUCCUGGUGUUGAGGACAGGACCUUUACCAGGAGGAGUCAACACCUACCAGAUCCAGAAGAUUCCUGGAGGUGUGACCCUGGACUCCUCCAACCUCUGCAUGCCAGACCUGCCCCAUCUCCUGGCCUUUCUAUCAGCCAGCAGGGAUGUUCUGCCCAGAACCCUGCUCUUGCCUCCUCCCACUCUAGGGCCUGGAGAUGAACACCAAGAUCCUCUGCAUAUCGGCAGCAUCCAACAGGCCACCCCAGGGAAGGUGCUUUCCAUUAUUAACCAACUCUACCUGGAGACCCACAGAGGCUGGGGGAAGGAGCAGACCCCCCAAGAAAUAGAGCCAGAGGCUGCCCAGAGAUACGAUCCAGCCCCCAGGAACCCUGGGCCUCACGGAGUCUCCUGGGUGAAAGGCCCGCUCAGCCCAGAAGUGGGCCAUCCUGGGCCGGCUCUUGCCAGCCUCCUGGAGGAGGAGGAAGAUCCUGAAGGAAGAGAGGAAGCAAGGGAGGAGGACCCUGAAGAGGAAGGCCCCCAGGACAUGCUCACCAUUCACAUCCAAGCUCUGGUCAGGGCUCGGAGCAGCUACGUGGCCAGGAAGUACCGAAGUCUGCGGUUGCGCAUCGCCUCGGAUUCUGGGGGUCCCCACAGGCCUGGGGACCCGGCCACAGAGCUGCUUCAGGAUGUGCGGCAGCUCCUUAUUGACCUUCAAGAUCACCUGGCAAAGGACCCCUACAUCCAGGCUGUCUCUGGGAGCAAGGGUCCUGGGGUAUCCAAGAAGGAUGAAGAUCCAGGCCCUGCGCUGGAGACGGCCGUGUGCCAGGCGGUGCUGGAGCCCCUGAAACCGGCCCUGUGGACGCGACUCCGCACGCUCCGAGCGCCGGAGCUGCGGCGGCUGCGGAGGCGACAGACAGCCCUGCGGGCGGGGGCGGGGCCUCCGGGAGCACAGGGGGCGGGGCCUGAGGGUCAGGGCCCCGCCCCCGCCUUGCGGAGCCGCAUCCACGCGCGCCUUGCGCACCUCCACGCCGCCUGCGCCCCGCGUCGCAAGGUGGCGCUCCUGUUGGAGGUGUGCAAAGAUGUCUACGAGGGCCUGGCUCAGGGCGAGAACCAAGAUCCUCUGGGGGCCGACGCCUUCCUGCCGGCGCUGACCGAGGAACUCAUCUGGAGCCCGGACAUUGGGGAGACGCAGCUGGACGUGGAGUUUCUUAUGGAGCUCUUGGAUCCAGACGAGCUGCGCGGAGAGGCCGGGUACUACCUGACCACGUGGUUUGGGGCGCUGCACCACAUUGCCCACUAUCAGCCCGAAACGGACCGCGCGCCCCGGGGGCUCAGCUCCGAGGCCCGCGCCUCCCUGCACCAGUGGCACCGCAGGCGGACGCUGCAUAGAAAGGAACAUCCCAGAGCCCAGGACAACUUCCCCUUUAAGGAGCCGUGGGCAGAAGAGACUGUGCCAGGGCCCAAUCAUGAUUAGGGGUUCCACACCCCUCCUCACGCCCCGCCGUUCAUGCCUGUAAUCCCAACACUUUGGGAGGCCAAAGUGGGAGGAUCGCUUGCCCAGGAGUUUGAGACCGGCCUGGGCAAAAUAGUGGGACACCGACUCUAC